AGACGAAGCCGAGCAACAAACGCGUGCAGAGAAAAAAAUAAACAAAAAAAAAAAUGAAAAUUUUUCGUAAGAUUAAACGCAGCUUGAAAGGAUUGGGCAACGGCGUGGAGUGCACAAUGCUGGCGCUGCUGCUGCUGGAGUCGGUGCUGCCGGCGCUGGCAGCGCCCGCAGCCGAACAAUUGGAUAUUCAGGGACGCAUCAUCUCGGGCCAGCGCGCAGCGGCCGGACAGUUUCCAUGGCAGGUGAUACUGAAGCGCGACGAAUGGGACGAUCUGCUGUGCGGCGGCUCGAUCAUCUCGAGCAAUUGGGUGCUAACAGCCGGCCAUUGUGCCUAUGGCCGGGAUUCGCUAUAUCUGGUCUUUGGCACCGUCGAGCUGAACGCGGAGCAGGCGCUAAAUAUGACGGGCACCGAGCUGUUUGUGCAUCCCAAUUACAAUGACAAGAUGAACAACGAUGUGGCCCUGGUGCAGCUGCCCCAGCCGCUAAUCUUCUCCAGCAGCGUACAGCCCAUACAGCUGGUGUCCAGCUCGCAGGCGGGCAACAGCUAUGUGGGCAGCCAGGCGACCAUUGCGGGCUUCGGCCUGAUCGAUGACGAGUAUCUGGACUAUUCGCAGCAGCUGCUGUACGCCCAGGUGCAGAUAAUUGCCAACGACAAGUGCCUGACCAUAUUCGGCGCCGGCGUUGUGCUCGACUCCACCAUCUGCGCGGAGGGCUAUGCGGGCAGCAACAUGUCCACCUGCAGCGGCGACUCCGGCGGACCGCUCAUCGUGUACAACAGCAAUCUUGGCGCCUGGAUACAGAUUGGCAUCAAUUCGUUUGUGGCCGAGGAUCAGUGCACCGCCGGCUAUCCGUCGGGCUAUGUGCGCAUCACUUCGUUCCUUGACUAUAUCGCGGAGACGACGGGCCUGACACUCAGCUAAAGCUAAAGAUUCCUUGCAUGAGAUAAAUUGUUUUUGCUUCUGUUCUAUUUUUGAUCCAUUUCCUUCUGUUUCGCAAAUAAAGCGCAAAUGUUCCACUCGAAUAAACCAAAAA